GAGGAGUGUGACAGACAUGGCUUCCCGUGAUGCAAGGGGGUGACGAGGACGAAGACGAGGAGCAGGAGCGAUCGAGAAGGAUAAAUAUGGAACCAUGAAAUGAGAUCUCUCUCGCUAAUCAUUCAAUGAGUACAAUGGAUAUUUCGGUCGCCGAGCCAACUGAAUCGAAGAGUGGAGUUAAAGGUAGAUGCCAGUCCAUCAGUUCUAAGCGAAGGAGAAAGAUACGGCUGAUCACACCUGAGGUUUUACGGCAGUUUAAUGAGGCAUACGAUCGCAAUGGUGAAUGUGCAGCAAACAGCGAAUAUGAGAUUCAAAAGCGAAAAGAUGAGAAGGUUCCGUUCUCUACAUCAAACAGCGGGGAAGAGGGAAUUGCUGUGAUAUCCAGUUCUCGACCAAUCAACAAGGAAAUAGCACAGGAGUAUUCCCUGUGGUGCGAGAAUUUCUUAGACAACUUUCCUAUACUGUAUCAAUCUCUACAGCUUCAAAAUGGCAGGUCGGAUGCUCUAGCGUUCAUUUCGCAGAUCUUUCGAACAAGUGAACAGAAGGCAAAGCAAGGGACAAAAAGGCUGGGGCCAUCGAAUUGGGCGGAUGCUCCUGCUGAGCCCAAACCUGGAUCAGAUUCUCUUCCCUCUUCGAAGUCGUCAGGAGGAGAGCCAGAUAGCCAGACGGUGGCUAACAGCGAGAAUCGAUUGAAAGCAUACUUUCAGGAGAUGCUGCAUGAAAAAACUCUCAGGGAGUGCAUAUCCAAACUCGUCAAGAUUUUUCGGGACCUGCAGCGCAGCAGUCCACGAGCCUCUAUCUGU